AUGACUUCAACGCCUCCCUCACGCCCCCUGCGUAUGCCCACUACCGAGUGGUAUCCACUACCGCACCAUCCUUCGCCCGACCGCCGCAACGAGGUCGCCUCAUCGCCGUGGCCUGUCCGUAGCGUUGUACCCACUCCUCUCGCACCAGCUGAGCGCGAUGAACGUCGACGCAAUCAGAUCUUCCAUGCCCAGCAAGAAAGAGCCGGCGUGACGGCCGAGGGUGACAGUUUCGAAGGGGAUGAUGAGGGUGAUAGUGAAGACGCCGACGACGUGGGAGGACAUGAGCCACCAGGUCCCAUGGAUCCUGAUCCGACGCGCGCUGCAAGUGCGCUUGGCCUCAAGGAGAUUGGCAAUCUGGCCAGCUGGACAGUCAGUAGCUUCAAACCUGGCUGUGGAGUAGCGGCCUUGAGACAUGAGGAUACCUCUCUGUUCUGGCAGUCUGAUGGUCCCCAGCCGCACUACCUCAAUAUACACUUCACACGGCUCGUGUCCAUCGUUUCUCUCCAAAUCUUCCUCGACUUCGAGGCUGACGAGUCGUAUACGCCGACGCGCAUCAGUCUUCUCGCGGGCACCGGACAUCAUGACUUGAUUCCAUUUCAGAAGCUUAGCUUCGAACAACCGCGCGGCUGGAUCCAUGUAGCCCUUGAGGAUGUCGGUGGGGGGGAGGAUGGACAGACACUCAAGGCCUUCUUGCUACAGCUUCAAAUACUCGAGAACCACCAGAAUGGUAAAGACACUCACGUCCGCGGUGUAAGACUCUACGCCCGGAACGAGGCCGUGAGCCGCGGGAUCGAGGAACUCGGGCACUCGGCCCCUCAGCAGCAACUGCGACCUCCAGCGCCAUCAAGCCCUGGGUGGCCGAGCGAGUCGCAGUGGAUGGAGGAGCAUCAGCUAAGAUAA